AUGUACGCAAAUGUCUCGUUCGACGUCGACGAGGACGCAACUCUUGUGAAUUUCAAUCAUGAUAGUGACCUCAUUGAAUCGACAGUUCAGCAAAAUUCCAACGGGCUCUUUGUUAACAAUUACUAUUGGCCAGCAUUGUUUCUUUCCUUUUUUUCAAUUAUUGGUAUCGUCGGCAAUUUACUCGUUUGCGUAGCAAUCGUUACUGAACGGCGAUUACAAAAUCGUACCAAUUGGUUUCUCUUUUCGUUGGCAUUAGCAGACAUGUUUAUAUCAGGUUUGGUCAUUCCAUUGGCGGUUGUCAAAGAAUUCACAGGUUAUUGGAUAUUAGGGCCUGUCCUCUGUGAUUUUUGGAUAUUUUUGGACGUUUGUUCGAGUACAUCAUCAAUUAUGCAUAUUGUUGUUAUAUCACUUGAUCGUUAUUUAGCAAUAAAUGAUCCAUUAAAUACCCGUCAUCGACAGCAAAAAUGUAAAAUACUUCUAUUAAUUAUUCUUAUUUGGACAAUUGCAAUACUUUUAUCAUCUCCAAUGAUCGUCCUCGGUGCAAUAAACCCUAACAAUAUCAUCAUCGAUCGGCAAUGUUCAAUCUAUAAUCGAUUUUUCGUUAUCUACGGUAGCGUGGUUUCAUUUGUCAUCCCACUGAUUAUCGUGAUUGUAACAUAUGUCCUAACUGUACGUCUCUUGAAAGAACAAAUCAGACAAUGUCAAACACAAGUGGCUCAAGAACAAUUAACUCGUGCUGCUAGUCUCGUUGCGAAACCAUUUCUUCGACGACACAUAACAACGCACAGUUCAACAACGGCUGCAAGUGUCAGUUCAAUGCCAUCGACACCGAAGUCAACAACAGCAUUGGGACGAAAGCGCUUUCGAAGACAACAGGCAAGUGUGGAAUUGAGUGAAGAUAUCUCGCAUAAUACUCAUUUACAACAACAACAACAGAAGGUCCAACAAACAUCAAAGUUCGACCAAGAAAUUCGAGCGGAGGAAAAACAAACUGGAUCGCGAACUCUUCUGGGAUCAACUUCAACGAAAUUUUCACCUCAUACCGAAUAUGCGUGUCCAAAAAAUCCAUUCUGCCAGUUAAAAUGCACAUGUCAUCAUUCUCCUGAUCAAAAUCAGCCUGUGGAAAGUGCUCUCGAACCGAAAUCGUAUUUUAACUGCUUUCAAUGUAUUCCAUGCUGUGAAUCAUCAACGACUUCUUUCCCCAUUUCUAACUAUUCUUCCCUUAAAUCUCCUCCGAUCACAAUCUCACUCUCUACUGCGCCUCAGCAAUCCUCAACAUCAUCGAAUUUCUCGCUAGCUGCCGGGAGCUCGAUCCGCAAAAGUCGACGUCGCCUUACGCCGACAUCAAGUACCGGACCAAUACGUCCGAAAUCGUCAGCCAUACGUAACGAACAAAAAGCCGUUAAAGUUCUCGGUGUAGUUUUUGUUAUUUUUGUCAUCGCAUGGUUUCCAUUUUGCAUCAUGAAUUUACUACAAGGCGUUUGUAAACGAUGUUUCAUAAAUCCAAACAUUCUGAACGGAUCCGUUUGGCUCGGUUAUGUUUCCUCGACGAUCAAUCCAGUUGUUUAUACAAUAUUUAAUCGAAAUUUUCGUCUGAAAUUUAUCGCUCUACUCAAACUUCGAUGUUUCUAUCCGACAUUUCCUCAACGACAAUUGCCUUAUCGGCAAAGUCACUCGUCUGUACAUGGCUCACGUAUUCAACGUCGAAACGAGUUCGUUUCAAAAGACAUCCAAUAUUGCCGCGAACAACAAGGAUCACAGGAAUUUUGA